GUAAAUAUUACACAAAAGUGCAGGCAGUAGAUGCUGGAGGACAUCGUUCAACGCUAGUAUCAUCUGAUGGGGUAACUGUUGAUACAACCCCACCCGACAUAAUGCAUGUAGCAACGGCCGGCGCAAACUUACUUCAAAAUCCGUCCUUUGAGGAAGACGAAUCGAAGUUUGAUAUCAAUGAACAUCCACUGUGGUUCAACUCAACCAAGUCAGCUCCCCUUCAUUGGACAAUAACGCCUGGUACUAAGGUUGCUGUCGUGAACAGCAAAGACGGCGAGGCAAGAGAUGGCAACAAUGCGUGUCUUUUGUUGGGUGGUAUCUUUCAAAAUAUAGCGACAGGUAUAGGAAGUGUAUACGCAGUUCAGUUCUCCGUGAGUCACCCACCAAACCCUCCCAUAAAACAUAUGAUGCAAACUGGAAAAGUUAUCAUUCCUGGCGCAGAGGAAACAUUCCACAUCUUCCCACGUCAAGACGUCACUAAAAAUAACAACGGUCAUCAAAAUUUGAAAUCGAAAGAAUUCUCCCAAAUAGCUUGGCAUAAACAUCUGUAUACAUUUGUUGCGAAAAAUAAUACAUCCACGAUAGGAAUAGAAACAGUGGAGCGAAAUGCUGGAUUAUUAGUCGAUGCCGUUAGAGUUGAACUGAUGAAUCACGUAUCGACAGGUGGGGAGAUAGAAGUUACCCAUCAGCAAGCUGGGGAAUGGUCAUCAAUACAUGCUCAUUGGCAGGUGUUAGAUUAUGAAAGUCAUAUCGAUGAUGUAUCGUGGGCUAUAGGUCUCGUACAAGGCGGAACCCAGCUGCAAUCAUAUAUCAGCGUUGGGCUGAAAUCAUAUGGGAUCAACACAAAUCUCCAUCUCGUUCAUGGCAUGGUGGUUCACGUGACUCUGUUGGUGCGCAAUAACGCAGGUUUGACUAGCGUCAUAUAUGCUGAUCCCAUUGUAAUUGACCACACACCCCCUGUCAUCAAACACGUAUGGCACAGUCAGGAUCAAGAUAUUCUAUAUCAGAAAGCACA